AUGGCCGGCUCCAUGAAGUCCCACAAGAACGUCCUGCUCUUCUACUGCGAGGAGAUGCGGGACCUCGCGCAGCAGGUGGCCGCCCGGAACGAUGACAUCGAGCUGCGCUCCAUCUCAUGGAGAAAAUUUCCCGAUGGAUACCCGAAUUUGUUCAUCUCGAAUGCCCACAACAUUCGUGGGCAGCAUGUUGCCUUUCUGGCUUCGUUUAGCUCGCCCAGUGUCAUAUUUGAGCAACUAUCUGUCAUAUAUAAUCUGCCAAAGUUGUUUAUUUCUUCAUUUACUCUUAUACUCCCAUUUUUCCCAACCGGGACUUCUGAGCGCAUGGAAGAUGAAGGAGACGUUGCAACCGCCUUUACACUUGCCAGAUUUUUGUCAAAUAUACCAAUAUCACGAGGUGGACCUUCAAGUUUAGUAAUUUUUGAUAUCCAUGCUUUGCAGGAGAGAUUCUACUUUGGAGACUCAGUCUUACCAUGUUUCGAGAGUGGCAUCCCCUUGCUAAAAAGUAGGCUUCAGGAGCUACCUGAUUCCCAUAAUAUAACCAUAGCAUUUCCAGAUGAUGGUGCAUGGAAGCGCUUCUAUAAGCAACUUCAACAUUUUCCUAUGGUUGUAUGUAACAAAGUUAGAGAAGGGGAGCAAAGAAUUGUACGGAUAAAAGAGGGAGAUCCUAGAGGCCGUCAUGUUGUUAUAGUGGAUGACUUGGUUCAGUCUGGUGGUACUUUGAUUGAGUGCCAGAAAGUACUGGCAGCUCAUGGAGCAGCAAAGGUCAGUGCAUACGUGACACAUGGCAUUUUCCCCAAUAACUCAUGGGAGAAAUUUCAGCAUGAUAAUGGAGAGGGUCCGGAGCAUGGCCUGAGCCACUUUUGGCUUACUGAUUCAUGCUCCCUUACUGUCAAUGCGGUGAAGGGCAGGCGGCCAUUUGAAAUUCUAAGUCUGGCUGGACCUAUUGCUUCUGCUCUCCAGAUUUAG